AUAGGAUAUGAUGUUACAACAGCUGCGCCAAUAUAAUUAAAAAAUAUAUAAUACUAGUUAUUAUAUAUAAAGUUUUUCAUCGAGACUCAUUUAUACCUUUAUUUACGACAAAUAUCUACAGUGUUCUCCUGACAACAUUGGUACAGCCCUCUGAUCCAUGACGUUACAGUUCUAGCUCUGUAGACCCGCCCACACGUUUUGCUGUACAUUGCUGAACUGAGCACCAUUCAAUUAAUUAAACUACAUUUACUCUGUCAGACGGAAACUCGAUUAAACCGUAAACUAAGUGUAUUAUUGAGACAGGAAAAAACGCCUUGUUUGGAUGUGAAUCAAAACACAAGAUUCGAAUCAUUGCAGCUGGCGAAUCAAUUUUGGGUGCGGUUAGUACAUGGUCAUACCUGAUGAUCCUGUGACUGACUGACUGAUUGAAUACUACGAAUAGCUGUUCUACACAAUGAAAGCUCUGAUUCUUGUUGGUGGUUAUGGCACAAGGUUACGACCUCUUACCCUCACCGUACCCAAACCACUGGUUGAGUUCUGCAAUAAACCCGUCCUGCUGCAUCAAGUGGAGGCUUUAGUCAAGGCUGGAGUUCGUCAUGUGAUUUUGGCAGUAAGCUACAUGUCUGAGUUGCUGGAGCGAGAGAUGAGAGCUCAGGAGCUAAGACUUGGAAUUAAAAUCUCCCUUUCACAUGAGAAGGAACCACUCGGCACUGCUGGUCCUCUAGCUUUGGCCCGUGAGCUGCUGACCGACAGCGAGGAACCUUUCUUUGUCCUCAACAGUGAUGUCAUCUGUGAUUUCCCCUUUGAAGACAUGCUAAAGUUCCACCAACAGCAUGGCAAAGAGGGCACCAUUGUUGUGACUAAAGUGGAAGAGCCAUCUAAAUAUGGUGUGGUAGUUUAUGAAGGGGACACUGGAAGGAUACAUCGCUUUGUAGAGAAACCGCAAGUUUUUGUGUCCAACAAAAUCAAUGCGGGGAUGUACAUCUUCAGUCCUGCCGUGCUCAGAAGAAUACAGUUGCGACCCACCUCCAUAGAGAAGGAGAUCUUUCCUGUGAUGGCAGAGGAGGGAGACCUGUACGCCAUGGAGCUGCAAGGGUUCUGGAUGGACAUUGGUCAGCCGAAAGACUUCCUGACUGGCAUGUGCAUGUAUCUGCAGUCUGUACGGCAACAGGCACCUGAGAGACUCCGCACCGGACCAGGUUUCCUUGGAAAUGUCAUUGUGGACCCUACCGCAGUGAUUGGGGAGAACUGUACCAUUGGGCCGAAUGUGACAAUCGGUGCCGGGGUCAUUCUUGAGGAUGGGGUGAGAAUAAAGCGCUGUACUGUCCUAAAGGGGGCGCAUAUCCACUCUCAUUCUUGGCUGGAAUCGUGUAUUGUGGGUUGGAGCUCAUCAGUGGGCCAGUGGGUGCGGAUGGAGAACGUGUCAGUUCUGGGUGAAGAUGUGAUAGUCAAUGAUGAACUCUACAUUAAUGGUGCCAAUGUUCUGCCUCACAAGUCCAUCACAGACUCUGUUCCAGAACCUCGAAUCAUCAUGUGAUAUGGCCUCACAAACCCUUCACCAAUUGCCCCAGUGUGUGUUUGAGUUGAACGCUCAGUGACAAAGAAAAUCAGCUGCUUAUAGCCUGAUGGGAAUUAAAUGGGUGGAGUAUUUGAAGUUACUGAUUUUGGUGUUUAAGCUGAUGUUGCAAGCACUGUAGGUGUUCUUCGGGUGAAGAUCACCCUAUUUUGACCUAUAAAGUGCCAUUCCUCCCCUCUACAUUGUGGGAAAUGUGUUCUAUUACUGAUAAUGACAUAAGAUUGCACAAGACAAAUGUUUUUCCCAUAGUAUAUGUCUUUUUGUUUGUUUUGUUCAGGUUUAACUGGCUUCAUGUCCAUUUUGUUUAUGUGGAGGCACCACUAGACUGUGCACUUAUGUUUUUUUCUGCUCUCUUUCUGUAUGCCCCCCUUUUAGAAACAGUGAAGUGUAAUGCUUUUAGAAUGAAAACGUAAACACAGUUCACCCAAAUAUAAAAGUUCUGUCAUUAUUUAUCACUUAUAUUCUGUCUGUUCCUUAUGCAGUCGCUAUUGAACGGACUCAGAGGUUGUAUGGACUAUUUGAUCAUACUUUUAUGGUGCAUUUUUGAGCGUGACAGCCCCAAACCUCGUUUACUUCCAUUAUAUGGAAAAGAGCGGCCAAGAUAUUCUCUAAAAAUUAAAUUGAGUUCAUAUUGGUUUGGAAUGACUGAAGGUGCGUACACACUGCCAGCGACUUUGUCGCUGCAGGUCGCCAGUGGCUGGCGGUGAAGUCGCUAGUGGGUGUUCCCACUACUGGUUGCCUAGUAACGUUUAUAAAUGACAUUCACGGAUGUCAUUCCAUUGCUGUUGACAGCGAAUCUCUUUUCUUGCCACUAAAAACAAACAUUUUGGAGGGAAAAGACUAAAUAUAAAUGGAAUCAGUACAUAAAAUGCUUUAUAUCAAAGAUGAAUGAGAAACCAGGCGUGCUGUUUGCCAGAGCGGCUGUUUAUCUGCGGCGAAAAUGCAAAUGCCGGUCUGUCUGGGUCCAUAAAAUCCCCGCGAUCUCAGAUACACCUUUCCACGCAGUAUUUUUCUUAAAUGUCCUUGUACGUGGGAAGAGACAUAUCAUAGAGCACUGGAAAAUUUCUAACAGCAAGAAUUAGCCUUUCAUCCAUCUUUCCGUUACUGCAGGAGCUGAGAGAGAGAGAGAGAAGGAUCACGUGAGCUCUCCCGUCGUCUCUCCUAUUGGCUGUCGCGCCAAAGUUGAACUUUUCUCAACUUUGUUGCGUCGCUGGACACGCCCACAUCUAGCGCCAACGGUCGCGAUUUCGCUGGCAGUGUGUACGCACCUUAAGGAUGCGUAAAUGAUGACAGAAUUUUCAUUGUAGAAUAUGUGUAUGUCUUAUGUAUCGUACCCAUGAUGCAACAGUAGAUUAAACCAUGUACACACUACACCUCAAAGAGUAACUCAAACUUGUAGUAUGUACUAUAUUUUGAAAAUAAUUUGUAUUCAUCUAAAAUGGUCAUACAUGAAUAUGGGGGCUACAGGCACUGACUCACUGACAUCGGAGGCUACAGGCGCUGGCUCACUGACAUCGGAGGCUACAGGCGCUGGCUCACUGACAUCGGAGGCUACAGGCAUUGGCUGGUUGGCCGUGGUAGGCGGAGGCUGGAGAGCAGAGGUCUUUCUUCUCCUCCUCCUCCGGGCGGAUGAAGUUGGCAGCGCUGGUUCGUUGACUAAGGCAGGCAUGAAGGGACGAACCACGGGCGAAUGGAGAGUUACCACUGUGGGGGGAGCUACGGGGUCCUCCUCGACGACGUCCACAGUGAACGACGAACCGCAGGCUAACAGGGUCUCCUCCACGAAUUCGCGGAGCGUCCAGCCGCACGUCACCGGUGGCAACCGCUCCUUGAGUGCACCGUUCAGGUUGGCCCGGAAAAAACCCACCAGGAGGGAGUCUGGGAAGUCCGUGACCCUCGCCAGCUUGAGGAAAUCACGGAUGUGGUGCUCCACCAGACGGCUUCCCUGCAUCAAGCUGAGCAGACUGCAGUUGGCUUGUGAAACCGCUAGAUCCAUGGUUGG